ACUUGUAAGAGUUCAAAUGACAAGACUAAACACUAGACUUUUUUUUACCUGCUUCCUCGUCGUUAUCUAUAUGGGAGUCACUCCUUUGUUUCUGAUUUCUAGACUUUUCUUCACUCACAAUCACAAUAACCACAUGUUCCUGUAUGGACUCUGAUCAAAUCCCAAGAUUUUAAAUACAAUAAUCAGUUUAUUAUGACCACAAAUUUAAUUCACAAACAUAUGAUUCAAUAAAGUUUCCAUGUGAACACAGAAGAAAGGGGGGAAAUUUGUUCUUUCUUAGACGCUACUUCACUGAAUUCAAGAACCAACUUGUAGUCCUGUUUAUCUAGAGAGUUGAAUUGAUUUUUACUGUGUUUGAUUGGGAAAACAAAUGGAGGGGUGUAAUCAAGAAAGGUAAAGAUUGGUUUUUUCUUAGACCCAUUUUACAGAAUUCAAGAACUAGCUAGUAGUCCUUAUUGGUUACUGUUUUUGAUUGGGGAAAAAAUGGUUCUUUUGUAGACCCUUUUCACAGAAUUGAAGAGCCAACUAGUAGUUCUUUGUUGAUUUUACUGUGUUUGAUUGGGAAAAGAUUGGAUUUUUUGCAGACCACUUGAUAGAAUUCUAGAACUAGCUAGUAGUUCCUUGUUGAUUUACUGUGUUUUGGGAAAAGAUUGGAUUUUUUGCAGACCACUUGACAGAAUUCAAGAACUAGCUAGUAGUCCUUGUUGGUUUACUGUGUUUGAUUGAAAAAAAAAUGGAGGGGUGCAAUCAAGAACCAUAAAGAUUGGUUUUUUCUUACAUCCAUUUAACAGAAUUCAAGAACUAGCUAGUAGGUCCUUCUUGAUUUUACUGUGUUUGAUUGGUAAAAAAAAAAGGAGGGGUGUGAACCCAUUUGGUGAACACUGCAUUGUAAAAGAAAAAGGGGAAAAGAUUGGUUUUUUGACCCAAUUCAUAGAAUUCAAGAACCAGCUACUAGUCCUUGUUGAUUUACUGUGUUUGAUUGGAAAAAGGGGAAAAGAUUGGAUUUUUCGUAGACUGAUUUCACAGAAUUCAAGAACUAGCUAGCUGUUCUUACUUACUUGUUGAUUUUUACUGUGUUUGAUUGGGAAAAAAAUGGAGGGGUGUAAUCAAGAACGGCGGGUUAACGUUGCAGCGAUGGUGGCGGCGAUGGAGGAGGAGGAGGUGGAGGAGAGUAGUGAUGAUUGUAGUUCGGAUGAUGAAGGUACUGAGGAUUAUCGAAGGGGUGGUUAUCAUGCUGUUCGUAUUGGUGAUAGUUUUAAUGAAGGUAGAUAUGUUGUUCAAAAGAAGCUUGGUUGGGGUCAUUUCUCUACUGUUUGGUUGGCUUGGGAUACUCUCAUGUCUAAAUUUGUAGCAUUGAAAGUACAAAAGAGUGCGCAGCACUACACGGAGGCAGCAACGGACGAGAUCACUAUUCUAAAACUGAUAGCAGAAUGCGAUCCCGAUGAUAAAAAAUGUGUUGUGAAGUUACUGGAUCAUUUUAAGCACUCGGGUCCGAAUGGUCAACAUGUGUGUAUGGUUUUUGAGUAUUUGGGUGAUAAUCUCUUGACACUUCUUAAGUAUACUGAUUAUCAUGGACUGCCUAUUCAUAUGGUUAAAGAGCUUUGUUUUCAUGUUCUAGUGGGAUUGGAUUAUUUGCAUAGAGAGCUUUCUAUCAUACACACCGAUUUGAAACCUGAGAAUUUACUUCUCUGUUCCACAAUCAACCCGUCUAAGGAUCCAAGAAAAUCUAGAAAACCUCUUAUACUUCCUAAUCAUAAGGAUAAGGGUUAUGUAUCGAAUGAAAUUUUGAUUAGGAACAACAGUAAGAAGAUUAAAAGAAAGGCCAAACAAGCAGCUCAAUGUUUUGCGGAAAAAGACGCUGGACAAGAUAGCUCAGCUUCUGCGGAGUCAUCUGCCAAUGCAAAUUCAAAUGUGGACAUGGUGAAUGGCAAUGGGAAAGAAUACGAGGGUCCUAAGAGAGGCAGCCGUUCUACAAGGAGGAAGCUUUUGGAGUCGGUCGACGUAAAGUGCAAAGUGGUUGACUUUGGGAGUGCUUGUUGGACGUAUAAACAGUUCACGGAUGAUAUUCAAACUAGACAGUACAGGUGUCCUGAAGUUAUCCUUGGAUCUAAAUAUUCAACCUCGGCAGAUCUUUGGUCCUUAGCUUGCAUUUGUUUCGAGCUUGCAACUGGUGACGUGUUAUUCGAUCCUCAUAGUGGUGAUAACUUUGAUAGAGAUGAGGAUCACUUGGCACUAAUGAUGGAGCUUCUAGGAACGAUGCCACGAAAAAUUGCUUUGGGUGGUCGUUAUUCACGCGACCUCUUCAAUAGACAUGGUGACUUGAGGCACAUCGGACGGUUGCGUUUUUGGCCCUUAAAGAAGGUUCUAGCAGAGAAGUAUGAAUUCAGUGAGCAAGACGCAAAGGAAUUGUCUGAUUUCUUGGUCCCAAUACUUGAUUUCGUCCCAGAGAAACGGCCUACUGCAGCUCAGUUGCUUCUUCAUCCUUGGAUCAAUGCUGGUCCACGCCUUUUGGAACCUUCCUUGCCCGAUAUUCGAUCUAAAACUAUUGAUACUCUAAACUCUGAGAAAACCGAGAAACAGAAUGAAGAAGAGAGGGAGGCAAUUGAGGUUGGAAUUGGGAAACUAGCUAUCAACAAGAACAUAAAAAAUUUCAAAAGUUACUCGGUCAAAUUCUGAUACUUAGCAAUUUUAAGAUUUAACCUAGGUUGCUCGGACUCUUCAAAAGUGGCGAUGGGUGCUGGCUUGAUCCUCCAAAAGUAGUGCAUUUUUGGAGGAUCUGACACGGGUGCAACAACAUUUUUGGAGAGUCCAAGCAAACAUAAGUUUUUACCCGUUCAUCUCAAUAGAUGUCGAAUCUAUACUACCCUAGUAUGAACAUGCUCUAUUGUCAAGAUGAUGUUUAACGACGUGCUCUACGACUCAUUAGCAUAGGGAAACAUGUUAACUCUUCUUUCCAGAAACAUACUUCACAUCCUAGGUGUUAGCCGAUAAAAGAGUCUCCUCUUAUCUGUCUCUCCGAGUUUCUACUACUAAGUAGCACGUCUGCUAUUCAAUCAUUUUGUCGUUAAAUGGAGCUCGUGGUUUCACAAUGAGGAUACUACAAGGUAAAUGUAAUAGUGAAAAAGGUGUGUGUGGGGACCAAUAUAAAAGAGUCCCCUCUGUAUCUGUCUCUCAGAGUUUCUAAUACUAAGUAGCACUUCUGCUAUUCAAUCAUCUUCUCGUCGAACGAAUUCUGUGGUUGAACAAUGAGGAUAUUACAAGGUAAAUGUGAAAGUGAAAAAAAUGGUGUGUGGGGACCAAAUAUAUGAGCUGCUCCAGAACAAGCAUGCAAGAGCAACUGCAGAUGAAAGCAAUUUAUCAACAUGUACAAAUAAGGACCAUUUCUAUGGCACACUUUCUUGAAUCCUUGUCAUGUCUACAUAAAACUCAUAAUGAUUUUGAUAUGAUGUUUGUCUCGAGCAUUUUAAUUUUAAGUCCAUUUGUUCACAGCCAUUCUAUUUCACAAUUUAUUCAGUUACACAUAUCUGGUUGUGUUUUUA